AGGUAGAAUUUAAACAUUUGAAUAAUUAUUUUUUUAAAUUGUUAUUUUCUUAAGUAAAAAAAUCAUUUUAAUGCAUUUAAAAACUAUACUAAUCGUUUAUUUAAUGUGUUUUUUUAACGGAAUAACAAACGAAGGACUUAAUCUACGUCAAAUAGAACUCUUUGAAGCUUUGAUAUUCAGUAAACAUGGUAAAAAAAUGUAUAAAAUAAAAGAUGCAUUAAUUGGUCAUAAUAUCCAAGAGACCUACAAUGAUUAUAAACUUGAUGAUAAAUUCAGUGUAAGAAUUUUCAAGAUUUUGAAAUUUUUGGUUAAAGUUAAAAAGACAGGCGAUGACAAAAAAGCGGAAAAACUUGAUAUAAAUGAUGUUGAAAUUAUCUCAAAUGUUUUCUGUAAUCUUGACACAGACAACGAUGGCUUGAUAAAUAAGGAAAAAUUCAUUACAUUAAUUGAUUCUAUUGGCUACUGUUCUUCUACUGGAAACGUAGUAACACUGAACGAAAAUAACAAUGAAAAACUCAAAAGUACUUUAGUUGAUAUGAAGAAAAAUAUUAAUGACCAGAAGCAUACACUAUACAGAUUCAAUGAUGUGCUGAUAACAAUAUUAUUCUACAAGGCAAAAUUUAAGAAUACAUACUUUGUAUGUUUUUUAACCGAUACAAUGGGUGACGGACUUAAUGCAAUCCAAAUACAAUGCUUGCAAAUAUUGGUAAAAAAGUAUAAUGAUAAAGAUAAAAUAAAUAAAGUGAUAAAAGCUUUUAAUGUCAUUGAAGAAUACAAAUAUAAACCUGCAGAUACAGAACAUAAAAGAGUUUAUGACAUUCUACAUUUUAUGCAUACAUUUGAUAAGACGGGUGAUAAAAUAAUACUAACUGGUGAUGGACAUCCAAUAAUAAAACUGAAUAUAAAUGUGUUGAAUAGGGUGUUCAAAACUUGUUCUUCAUUGAACAUAAACAACGAUGGUGUUAUAGAGAAUGAGAAUUACCAUCAGUUGAUUGAUUCAUUAGGCUUCAGUGGUCUUAUUAAUGAUAAAAAAAUACUGAAUGAUUGGCAUAUAAUCUUUAGGAAAAAAUAUAAAUACGAUUUAAGUGAAGUAUUAAUAGAAUUAUUAGAGUUCCAGGCACAAUUGUAUAACUGGAAACUUGGUAAAGUAGAAGAUCUGGAAAAAUUCGAUAAAUUUAUUGAAGAAAUCUUAAAUGAUGACACUCCUGAUCAAAUAAUGCCUGCACUACAAUUACUAUUAAAUAAUUAAGUUGUAAUUUCUAUGUCCAAUCAUUUAUUGUAUUUUAUUAAUAUUUUUAUUGCUUUAAAGUAAUUUAUAUCUCGUUUUUUAAUUUAUUCUUGUAUUAACAGUGUACUCUUUCA